AUGAAGUUGUGUGAGGUGGGGCGAGGCGGGGCGCAUGGAGUGGCAGUGCAUGGAGUGGCAGUGCAUGGAGUGGCAGUGCAUGGAUUGGCAGUGCGUGGAGUGGCAGUGCAUGGAGUGGCAGUGCAUGGAGUGGCAGUGCGUGGAGUGGCAGUGCGUGGAGUGGCAGUGCGUGGAGUGGCAGUGCGUGGAGUGGCAGUGCGUGGAGUGGCAGUGCGUGGAGUGGCAGUGCGUGGAGUGGCAGUGCAUGGAGUGGCAGUGCGUGGAGUGGCAGUGCGUGGAGUGGCAGUGCGUGGAGUGGCAGUGCGUGGAGUGGCAGUGCAUGGAGUGGCAGUGCGUGGAGUGGCAGUGCGUGGAGUGGCAGUGCAUGGAGUGGCAGUGCGUGGAGUGGCAGUGCGUGGAGUGGCAGUGCGUGGAGUGGCAGUGCAUGGAGUGGCAGUGCGUGGAGUGGCAGUGCGUGGAGUGGCAGUGCAUGGAGUGGCAGUGCGUGGAGUGGCAGUGCGUGGAGUGGCAGUGCAUGGAGUGGCAGUGCGUGGAGUGGCAAGCAGAAAGCGGAUGGAUGGAGGCAAAGGGGACAGCUCCACCAUCUGUGUGUGCGAUGGGUGGGAGUGUGCGAGCGGGCGGGGAGGAUUAAAGCCACGAUAG